GGAAUUCAGAAUUAGAUCCCACGUAACCCAAAGUUUGCUGGGCGACUUUGGACUUUUUGCAGCCCAAUUUUGAAUAUGCUGGUCUGUGAUCCUAAUAAAGUUUUGAUUUGAUUGGAUGAGUGCUUCGUAUGCCACUUUGAGCUCCUGGUGAAAAAACAGAAUAUAUAAAUCUGAGAACUCAAUAGUAAUACAGUUUUUCAAGAUAUUUGCACGUAUGCGUAAAAUAAAGGUGCAUAAUUUCGCAUGCAAAAUAAAUUCUUGACAUUCUGAGCAAUCACUCAAUGGAAUCCUACUCUAAAAACCACUCUAAUGUUCUGUUCCCCGCCCUUUCUUUCUUUCUUUUUAGUUUUUUUUAUACAGAGGGGAAAAGGAGAGUUUUGGAACCUUGGAGUGCUGGAGUUCACUGCCCCACCCCCAUCUCCGCUAGCAACACGCUGGGUCAGGGCCCUUCAGACCUGGAUUCAUUAUCAUGGUGUUACACGGCCCAAGAGUCUUCUUGUCUUCAUCAAUCCAGUGGGGGGACGUAAGCGAGCAAUGCAGAUCUACCAAAACCAAGUGGCUCCACUGUUUGCCCUGGCAGGGAUCCAUGCUCAAGUUGUGGAGACGUGCCAUGCGAAUGAGGCUCGGGAUUACAUCCUACAGCAAGAUCUCUCUGGCAUCGAUGG